UGGAAUAUCCGUAUGUUUGAUGCAAUAUCCUGAAGUCUUUGGAAGCCCGUUCGAAACACUCAUUUCAGUCUAUCAUGGUGAUGGGAGUGUUGUCAUAACUCCUGGAGGAAUUGAUGGGGGUCAGGGUCUAAAUACAAAAUGCACGCAAAUUGCUGCUUUUAUCCUAAAUAUCCCAAUUGAGCUGAUCAAGAUAAAAACUCCCAAUAAUGUUGUAAGUGCCAAUACGCUCUUUUCAGCAGGAGACAUGCCUCAUGAUGCAGUUGGGCAUUCUGUGAGGAUCUGCUGUGAACAACUACGAGAUCGCAUUGCACCAUUCAGAGUGAACAAUUCCUGGGUUGAUGCAGUUCAGGCUGCACAUAUGGCUACCGUAGAGUUGAUUGUAACACAUCAAUUUACAUCUGAUCAAAUUCCUGUCUACAUUGACUACGGAGCUGCUUGUGCUGAGAUUGAAAUUGACGUUUUAACUGGAGAUUUUCAACUAAAAAGAGUGGACAUUGUCGAGGAUGUGGCAAAGAGUAUUAAUCCUCAAAUUGACAUAGGGCAGAUUGAGGGUGGAUUCGUCAUGGGCCUAGGAUAUUGGCUCCAUGAGAAGCUUGUCUAUAACCGUUCAACGGGGGAAUUGCUAACAAACCGUGCAUGGAACUACAAACCACCAGGUGCAAAAGACAUUCCUGUAGACUUCAGGAUAACUCUGCUGCAAAAUAGUUCAGCUGUAGCCGGUGCAAUGGGAUCCAAGGCUGCAAGUGAACUAGCAACAUCAUUGGCGUACGUUGUAGUUGGAGCUCUUAGGAAGGCUCUUGAGUCAGCACGAAAGGAUUCCGGAGCACCUGAUACGUUCUUGAUGCUAAAUACUUCGACAACCAAGGAGGAUAUUCUUGUUCUUGCCGGCACUAAGAAUUCACAAUUUUGUCUAUAA